AUGCUCUCGCAGCCCUCACCCUCGCCUUCGUCUUCCGCUUCCACCUCUACCGCCGCCUCGAUCUCCACCGCGCCCAAUCAGACCGACAUCGAUUUCCUGGACCUCAGCGAUGACGAGGAAUCCGAAGAGAUGUACCCCUUCAACUACUAUCCCGACGAAGUUAUGCCACGCCGCCGACACGCCUGCUGCGCGCGCUGCACGAACGAGCUCCAACCAUUCGACUUCGACGAUGACGAGUCCGAUCGCGAGGCGUACAUCAACAUCCCUAGCCCCUCCGCCAACUACCGCAUCAUCCUUGACAUCCUGGGGGGCGUUAAGCGAGAACCCGGGCCCGCCGAACUGCGCGUGGCCGUCGACCAGAAACACGACCUUUCCGCGCCCCGCCUGCGUCGCGCCAAGAGCUUUUCCUCCUUUUCGUCCCGAGUGGCGGGGCUAGCCCAUACCUUCGCUAAGAAAUUACGCCCCAAACGCAUUGUCGCCCACUAG